AAACUGGAGAGCUUCUUUCUCCCGCUCCUGGAGAAGCAGUAAAUCCUCAGAACAGGACAGUCAGCGAUCAAAAGCACUUUUCUGCUGUGUGACAGGUCAACAUGGAGCCAGUGUAGGAUGGUGGUGGAGUCACGGGGCUUCUUGUAGCCUCUCCACUCUCUGGAUCAUCUCCUCCUCAAAUCCUCCAGAGGAGCAGUUGGAGGACGAGCGCCGCGGUGUGAGGCGGUGGAGGCGGGGAGGUGAGCAGCUGCUCCGCGGCGGAUGAGCCGGGCAUGGAGAUGUUGCGCCGCUCCUCUGUGUUCGCUGCGGAGGUGUUCGACCGCUCGCCCACCGACAAGGAGCUGGUGUCCCAGGCCAAAUCGCUGUGCAGAGACUACAUCCAUUCCAGGCUGAACCGUGCCGGCAUUGGCAGGUCCAGCUCCGACCACGGGCUGGCUGCAUCAGGCGGGACGCUGGGGGAGACGUCGUCCGUCCUGCUGUGGCUGGAGGAAGACCUUCAAGUGAUUCCAGGGAAUCCCCAGAAAAACAACAUGCAUAGUUACUGUUUUAUUACUUAUGUGUCUUUGUCAGGUAUUACAUGGGGAAAGGUGGUGUCUUUGUACGCCGUGGCAGGGGCCUUGGCGGUGGACUGUGUACGCCACGGUCAUCCGGCCAUGGUCCAUACCAUCGUCGACUGCAUGGGAGAGUUUGUCCGCAAGAGUCUGACCACCUGGUUAAAAAGGAGAGGGGGCUGGGUGGAUGUCACGAAAUGCGUGGUGAACACUGACGCCAGCUUCCACUCUCAUUGGCUGGUGACAGCUGCCUGCACCUUUGGACACUAUCUGAAAGCCAUCGUGUUGUACCUCCUCAGGGAGAAGUGAAAGACUGACCAGCACUGCGCACCACCAGCACCCCUGCACUAAAGCAUCCACUGCUUUGGAAUAUGUUUACACUUGUUUGCACUGAGCCUACAUUGAUGAACACUUGUCCCCUCACAGAUAAUGGAUUCCCCCAGCUUCUUCCACUUCCUUGUGUCUAUUUAUUAUUAUAUACAGUUACAUAGUAUAUUGCCACACAUUUUAUGUGAAUGUAUAAAAUCACUCACUGUUAAUGUUUCUAACUUUUUAUUUUUUCCACAAAUCAGCAGAACUGGCUAUUUGGGGGUUUUGGUUGCCCCUAGUGGUGGAAAUAUGAACUAUGUUUUUUGGACUCUUCUCACCUGGGUGGUAUUAACAGGUCAACAGGCUAAUGCAUGUUUGAUAAAAGGAGAAUCAUUUUGUCCUCUAAGUACAGGACUGUAUAAAUAUUA